AUGACUCUAUCUGGAACAUAUUGCAUCCAUAAUGGAUCUCCGGACUUGCCAUUGUCGCGUUGUCUUGCUGUCGAUUUUCGUGUUGCUGUCACAAGCUCGGUAUCACGAAGCUGGUUCUUUUCGUCUAACGAAGAGGAGGCUGAUUUAGGCCAGGAGGAGGCUGUUUACAAGAAUGUGGCUUCUGAUUUCUCAUUGGAAGCUUUCAAUGACAAGAAGGGCAUCCAGUUGAUCGAGAGCGCCAAGAGCAAGAUGCUCGCGCCAAAUUCUUGCUGGCAGACGGCCUACCAGAGCGUGUUUGAAGGGUGCACGAGGACUCUUGCAGACGAGGAGUCACGGUCUAGGCUGGCGUGGAGCCUCAGUGAUUGCUUCCAGAGGCACACGGGCCGCCCCCCUUUCCCUCGUUGUGAUCCCAAAUCCAAAAUGAGGAAGUGUUUGCAGAAUUUGGAUAGAGAUGGUCACAAGAUCUAUCUUGAAUACUUUCUUGAGACGAACUCCAUCUGUCACCAAUUGCAGGCGGAGGCGUUCAAGCAUCAAACCGAGAGAUUGGUGAAUGAGCUCAAGAGGACUGCUGAAUACGCGGAGGUGAAACUAGGAAAGAUCGAGGAACACGGAGAGCAACUGCUGCAGAAUGCAGGGCAAGUUCAUGAUUCUUUGGCCUCAAUAGAUGUCCGGACUCAGAAAGUUUCAGAGACAUCGAAAGUGUUGGAGGGUCACGUGGACUCGGUGUUGAGGUACUCUGAAGUAGUGUAUGAGCAGUCUAAGGGGAUAGCCUCGUCUCAGAUGGAGCUGAGCGAGGGGCAGGCUAGGAUGAAGGAGAAUUUGGCACAGGGAAUGGCGUUGCUUCAGAACUCGUACGAGAAUCUGGGAGAAGACAUUGUCAAGUUGAGAACGGAAGCAGCUGAGAUAGAGAUGAAGAUUGAGAAGGUUGGGGAUGCAAUGUCGUCAAAGAUGAGUCUCCUGCAGAGUAAAGCAGACGAUAUAGGGAAUAUGGCUGGAACGUCGUUGGAUAAACAAAAGGAGCUUCUAGACGGGCAGUCUGUAGCCCUCGAGGGCCUCAAUUUUCUCACCAAGUUUCAGUCACAGGCUCUUGAGGAGAGCAGGUUAACGUUGCAGACAUUGGCUGAAUUCGGGCAUAAGCAGCAGGAGGAACUACUCGAGAAGCAGAAGGAAUUACACCAGUCUCAUGAUCAUCUAGAGGAGAACUCGAAACUGAUAUUAGCAGCUCAGGAAGCUUUUGAAUCAAAGCAAGCAAGCAUGUUUGUCGCAAUAGAUAAGCUCUUUGACCUGCACAACGCCAUGCUGUUUGAAUCACGGGUCAUCAUCGCAUUCUUGGUUUACUCGGGUGCAAUUUUCAUCGUCUACAUGCUGACUAGCAUAAAGCACGCCUACAACGUGAGGCACAGGCUGUAUCUAGGUCUGUGUGUGACGUUCUUGAUUGAGAUAAGUAUAUUUUGGACCGUGACAAUGAAUGGUGAGCGGCAAAAAUGGUUGAUACGCGCUGUAAGGUCGCUCUUCGCACUCUCAGCAUCCGUCCAAUAUGUGUAUGCUAUAUUUACCUACAGAGACUACGAGGUGUUGAACCACGAGAUCCUGGUGACGUUGAUGGAGAAGGUAAACCACAUGCAGCGGAGCAAAGAGAUGGUGGCAUGGGACGAAGAUGUAGAGAGCGAAGUGAAUUGGUGUUCGUGGGUGGAUACAGAGUUGGCAGAAGAUGUGCAGCUGUUGGAGGAUCCCGACUACAUAUUACCUGAGGAAAUCGAGGUGGAUUCCUCCUUCACCACUCCGCGCACGAAGAGAUAUAACCUUCGUAGGCGAAGUUAGACCGAGACACGGGAUGUUGAGAAAUAGUAGUAGAAGUUUAAUGCCUAGUUUUUGGUUGAAGAUGGUUUAUAUCUUUAUUCAUUGAGCACAGCUUGAUAUCUGUUUUGUAACAAUGAGCUGAUGAUCAUGUAUAUUCCGACAUUUUAUAACAUAAAUUUAUCUAAUCUUUAUACUA